GAGAGAGAAAGGGAGGGAGGACUAACUAGCACACAGCAGUACAGACCUACUGUGAUCUGGAAGAAAAGGUUCAGAAACGCAGACAGACAGAUUUUGCGGUUCAAAGUCAGGUUUGAUUUGUGUUUCCUGGUAUUUCUUUCUCCACAACAAGAUGGGUUUAAUCUCAAUUGUAGACUGCAGCUCUCCUGUUGUCAGCGACCUGAGGAUCGUCCUGCUGGGGAAGACUGGAUCAGGAAAGAGUGCAACAGGGAACACCAUCCUGGGACGACAAGCUUUUACUUCAGAGAUUUCUCCGUCUUCUGUGACAGACACAUGUAAAAAAGACACUAGCCACUUUAAUGAAAGAACUGUGAGUGUGGUCGACACCCCUGGGGUCUUUGACACAUUGAUAAAUGAGAGCCAGUUGAAAUGUGAACUUGAGAAAUGUAUCAUGCUGUCUGACCCAGGACCCCACAUAUUCCUGCUAGUAAUCAGUCUGGGUGUACGCUUCACUGAAGAGGAGAAGAACGCCGUCAAGUGGAUCAAGGACAACUUUGGUGAAGCAGUCUUCAAUUAUACACUGGUGCUGUUCACGAGGGGAGAUGAGCUCAAGGGGAAGUCCAUUGAGGAGUUUUUAAACCAAAGUCCUGAACUCAAGGAGCUCACCAGUGGCUGUAAAGCUGGGUACGUUGUGUUUGACAACACAUGCAUGGAAAACCGCACUCAGGUGGCUGAUCUGUUUGAAAAGAUAGACAAGAUAGUGCAGUUAAAUGGUAACCAUUAUACCACAAGCAUGUACAAAGAGGCCCAGAGAAAGAAGAAUUCAAAGGAAUGGUGGAGCAGGUGGGGAGGCUACAUGAACACUGCAGGUAAUCAGUUGUUGAUGCUAGCAACAGCCACAACUGUCCCUGUAGCUGGUGCUGCUAUAAUGGCAGAGGAAGUGGCAGUAGCUGCAUCCAUAAGACCGUUGUUAAUGUUCACAGGUGCAGGGAUUUCUAAAGGCAUCGGGAGGUGGAUGAAACCUAAACCGGAGAGCUGAGUCAUGUCAAGCCAUGACCCUUUAAAGGGGACAUAUCAGGUUCAUACUUGUAUUUGGGGUUUUUACUAGAACAUGUUUAAAAGUUUUAAUGUUCAUAAAACACAUUAUUCUUCUCAUAUACUGUCUGUCUGAAUUUACCUGUAUUCACCCUCUGUCUCUUUAAGACCCCCUCCUGAAAAAGCCCAGUCUGCUCUGAUUGGCUUGCUAAAAAUACAUGGUGCACCUUUACAAAGGUAGUUCUCAAGCUGUGGGCGUAUAUUCUAAUGAGCCUAUAAGUGACACAGUAAGAGGAACCAAAUGUGAAUGGCUUGUUGAAUCACAUGUUUUCUGAUCUAGACAGCCCACAAAAACUGAUUGGGUUGUCUUAUUUCACAGUUUGUGGGUUGGUAGGAACUCCACAUACCCAAAUGUAUGAGCACAAGCACUGAAAAAAGUGAGUUUUUCAUGAUAUUUCUCCUUUAAGCAAGCUUGUGAAGUCAUUCCAUUGAUUGAGUGCAAAUUUAUAUUUGACUUAUUUUUUUGCCAAAACUUUAUUGCAUUUCUUCAUUUCAUUAAUGAACAUUCAUACAUAUUAAUCACAGAUUGUCUGCUUUGAACGAUAAAUUAACCUUUUUAUGACAAAUACUUUAAAUGCCGAUGUUGUACACUCUUAUCCUGGAUAUCAUUUUGUGUGAAGGACACUAUUGUUAUUUUUGUCUGUUUGAUUUGGAAGAAUAAAAUA